AUGGAGGCCAGCAGCCCCCUGGGCUCCAGCAAGAGCCACCCCGCAGGCAGUSGGGCCAGCAAAGCGCCGGGGGCUGAUGGAGGCAGCAGCAACGGGGGCACGGCCAGCAAUGCCAUGAGCGGGAACCCCUACGCGGGGCUGGUGAGCGGCCUGCGGGCAGCAUGGCUCACAGGCAAGACGCGGCCCGUGGAGUUUCGCGUGGCCCAGCUGGAGGCCCUGGGCCGUUUCCUGGACGAGAAGAAGCAGGACCUCCUAGACGCCCUGGCCUCCGACAUGCACGAGCCGUCCUUUGAAGCGGAGUACAGCAACAUCGUCCUGUGCAAGAAUGAGCUCAACGACACCCUUAACAAGCUGGACACUUGGAUGAAGGAUGAGCACGUGGAAAAGAACCUGGUGACUCAGCUGGACUCAGCCUUCAUCCGCAAGGAUCCCUACGGGGUGGUGCUUGUCAUCCCGCCCUGGCACUGCCCAAUCCUGCCAGCCCUUGUGCCCCUCAUCGGGGCUAUCGCGGCGGGCAACUGUGUCAUUCUCAAACCCUCRGAGGCCACCGAAAACAUCAGGACACUCAUGGCCGAAGUGCUGCCCUCCUACCUGGACCAGGACUGCUAUGCCGUGGUGAGCACUGAUGAGGAGGGGACCAUCAAACUGCUGGAAAACAAAUUUGACUACAUCUUCUUCACCGGCUCUCCUGCCAUGGGUAGGACGGUCAUGACAGCCGCUGCCAAGCACUUGACCCCAGUGACGCUGGAGCUGGGGGGCAAGAACCCCUGCUACGUGUCUGACGACUGUGAGGUGCACAUCGUUGCCAGGCGUGUGGCCUGGGGGCGCUUCUUCCAUGCAGGGCAGACGUGCGUGGCACCCGACUACGUCCUGUGCAGCGCCGAGAUGCAGGAGAAGCUGCUGCCCGCCCUGCGCGAGGCCAUCACCGAGUUCUACGGCCCCGACCCCAAGGUGUCGCCCGACUUUGCCCGCAUYGUGGAGGACAAGCAGUUCCAUCGCAUCCAGGCGCUGCUGAGCAGUGGACGUGCGGCCAUCGGGGGGCAGGUGGACCAGCAGGAGCGCUACAUCGCUCCCACGGUGCUGGUGGAUGUGGAACCCUCUGAUCCCAUCAUGCAAGACAUCAUCCUGGGGCCCAUCUUGCCCAUCAUCACAGUAAGAAGCGUGGAUGAAGCCAUUGAUUUUAUCAAUGCCCGUGAGCGGCCCCUGGUUGUCUAUGUCUUCUCCUCGGAUAAGAAGGUGGGUGUUCAGGCUGGAAGAUGGAUGAAGCACAAUAGGGCUGCAAAACUCGCUCCUAUCUGGCUGAUAACCAUGACCAUGGCCUGAACUUGUGUCUGGCACCAGCUGUUCCUCCUUCUCUCGACAGAGUAAGGACUAGUAAGGCUGCACAGCCA